AUGAGUUUUCACAGUGAAGCCAGUUCACGUUUGGUGUCCACUGUUUGUCAGAAGGGAGUUGGUGAAGUUGAUGGUCAGUCAGUAUCUGUUAUUGAUACUCCAGGACUCUUUGACACAACACUGACAAAAGAACAAAUGCAGGAAGAAAUAUUGGAAUGUGUUUCACUGUCAGCACCUGGACCACAUGCCUUCAUCAUUGUGCUGAGUGUGGAACAAAUCACUCCAGAGGAGAAAGACACUUUAGACAUGAUCAAGAUGAUCUUUGGCACAAAAGCAGCAGAUUUCUGCAUUGUUCUCUUCACAAGAGAAGAUCAUCUGAGAGGACAAACGAUAGAGCAAUAUGUAGAGAAAAGUAAAGAUGCUGAUCUCAAGAAACUGAUCAGUGACUGUGGAAACAGAUUCCUGGCUUUUAACAAAACAGAAAAUCAUGAUCAGACACAAGUUACUCAUCUGUUAAAUAUGAUAAAAGAGAUGAAUCAAGGCCAAUACUUCACUAAUGAGAUGUUUUACGCAGCAGAGAUCUCCAUAGAAAAAAUAAGGGAAAUGAUAAUAGAGAACGAAAGACAAUAUCAGUCUGAAGUUAAAGAAUUAAAAGCCAUAUAUGAUAUGCAAUUUAAAAGCAUGAAAAAAACACUGAAUGAGAAAAAACAAAAGAUACAUGAGGAAAAACAGAGGCUGAAGAACAAGUUCAGAGAACAAGAGGAAACCUUAAGGAGAGAAUUUGAGGAGAAAGAAAAAUCAGAUCAGGAGAAACAAGAGACGGAGGAUCAGAAACGAUCAGAAGAAGAGAAACAGCAAAGACAUGAAUAUCAUCAGAGAAUAGAGAAGAUGAAGAAAGAGAUUGAAGAUCAGAGAAUACAGUAUGAAAAACAGCAAAAAGAAAGAGAAGAAGAAGAAGAUAGAAUGAGAGGAGUAGAGUUUAAACAAGAUCAAGAAAAAAUGAAAAAUGAUCAUGAACACAUCAUGGUAGAGUUAAGAAAAAAACAGGAAGAGGAAAUAAAAAAGAGAGAUUUCGCGGAACAAAUGAGGAAUGAACAAGAAGAGAAAGAGAGAGAGGAAUGGGAGAGAAAAAUAAAAGAGGCUGAAAGUGACAAAGAGGCUCAAGAGGAAAUUAAACAACAGCAGAGAGAAUGGGAAGAAGAGAAGAACAGACAGAUGAGAGAACGAGAGGAAGAGGAAAGAGAGACAAAAGAGAGACACAAGAAACAACUGAGAAAAAAACAAGAAGAACUGGAGAAGAUAAGGAAGAAAUUUGAAAACAACAGAGAAGAAGAAGAACAGAUGAUAGAGGAGGAGAGAGAGAAACUGAAAAGAGAGACAGAACAGAAGAAAAGAGAAUAUGAAGAAAAGAUAAAUGAAAUGGAGAGACAUUGUGAGCAGCUGGAGCGAGAGAGAAAAGAGGAGUGGAGGAGAAGGAAACGAGAGGAUGAAGAGAGACGAGUGGAGAAGAGAAAUAAAUGGGAGAAAAUGAUAGAAGAUCUGAAACAAGAGCAUGAGGAGGAGAUCAAGAGAAGAGAAAGAGAGGAGACAGAAAGAAUAGACAGAGAAGAAAGAGAGUGUGAUGAAAUGAAACAGCAACAGAAUGAACAAAUAGAGAGGAUGAAGAAGAAACAUCAAGAUGAAGCCAGAAAUUUUAAUGAUUUCAGAGAGAGAAAAGAAGAGCACAAUCAGGAGCUCAAGGAGAGACUUGAAGAGUUUCAAAAACAACAGAAUAAAGUGAAAAGAUUAAGAAUGGACCUGGAAGAUAAAUGGUCAUGUCAUGUCAUGUGA